AAGGUCUCCAGUGGGGUGAAACCGUGUGAUUUCACGGGACAACGCAAUGACUCCCCCGUAGAAAAAGGUCAAAUAGCAGCUUCUUUAUGCAAUUCUCCCGUAGAUAAAGGAAGAGACAACGUGCGACCUUCUCUGCACAAUCCACUCAGUCAGCAGAUAAAUUUUCCGACCCGGUCUCGUCCAUCCUCUUCUUUAUUUUAUGCCAGAAUGCCAGCAAAUGGUGUUCGCCGAAUUCCACACAGCUCACACCAGAGCUCAUCUUCGAGGACAGAGAUCGACUCCACCUGCUGAUUCUUCCAUUCUCCUCAUUCUUUAAUUCUCUGUCGUCUUCUUCGUCUUCCUGACUUUCAGUACUACCCAGUUGACAAAUACUUGUUUCUUGAAUCGACCAUUUCACAGAGUGUAGCACCAGCAUCAUUCUCUUUCCAAGAAUCCUACACCCGUCGAAUUAGAACUAGAAAUUUUGGAAAUUGGGCUUGCAAUUUAAUGGGUAAAGGAGGCGGUUGUGUGCCAAGCAAGAAAAGAUCAGCUGAGUCCCCCGAUCAAGAUCCUCCGAACCCAGAUGGGGACGGUCCCGUUCCUGCCCAGGAACGAGCCCCAGCAGCAGCAGCAGCAGAAGUCACUGCCCCGGUCACAGAAAACCAUGCGCAGACGAUCAAGAAGCUGAGAAUUUUCAUCAUCUUUUACUCAAUGUACGGACACGUGGAGCUUAUGGCGAGGAGGAUCAAGAAGGGCGUGGAUUCAAUUGAUGGGGUUGAGGGUGUUCUUUACCGGGUGCCAGAGACGCUGACGUCGGAGGUUCUGGAGCAGAUGAGGGUCCCACAGAGAGAUGUGGAAGUGCCCGUUAUAUCCGCGGAGCAAUUGGUGGAAGCCGAUGGGUUGUUGUUCGGGUUUCCGACCAGGUUUGGGAGCAUGGCCUCGCAGAUGAAGGCCUUCUUCGAUUCGACCGGCGGGUUGUGGCACGAGCAGAGGCUCGCCGGAGUGCCUGCCGGGUUCUUUGUGAGCACCGGCACUCAGGGCGGAGGGCAAGAAACCACUGCAUGGACAGCAAUUACUCAAUUAGUGCACCACGGAAUGCUUUAUGUGCCAAUUGGGUACACUUUCGGGGCUGGAAUGUUUAAGAUGGAUUCCAUAAGAGGAGGUUCUCCGUAUGGUGCUGGAGUAUUUUCUGGUGAUGGCACGCGGGAACCGAGCACGACUGAACUGGCUCUUGCCGAGCACCAAGGCAAGUACAUGGCCUCAAUUGUCAAGAGAUUCGCCAUACCCUACUAGUACAUAUGGAGUAUAUCAUUCAAAGCACCUUCGUAACAUUGGAUUCUCUGGUGCGAUGCGUAUGUCUUUUGCUUGAGGAUCAGAAAUGCAUUAUUUGAUUCUUGUUAGAUCACCUAUUCCACUCAUCUAGGUAUUGAAGUCUGUUUGAUAUGGUCCCUCCGUAGCUCAGUCGAAAUUUUUGUGUUUAAGUUUAUUGUGAACGGUUGAGUUAAAAAGCUAUUCAGUACAGUUUCCAAUUGAUAUAUGCAAAGGUAUUCAGUACAGUUUCCAAUGGAUAUAUGUUUUCUUUUUGUCAAUGGAUCAUGCAGCUCGAUAUAUGCAAAGGUAUUCAGUACAA